CGGGGACUGCUGGAUGCCUUGAAAGGGAGUGACUUCACUUCGUAGCUUUAGGCUGCAAUCCUAUGCACACAAUCCAGGGAGUUAGUCCAAUUGAACUGCAUAGGAUUUACUUCCCAGUAGACAUGGAUAGGAUUGCACUGUAAAUCUUGUAAACACAAACCUGGGUCUCCUCACUCUGUCCCUAAAGGACUACUGCCAGGUCCCCAAACACACUUCUGUUCAAGAAAGUCAGGAGCUGCAAACCUCAUGAAGUUUUUGAGCAUGUCAAAUCCCUCUGUGGUACUUUGCUGCAGAAAGGUAAUGGGUUUUUUUGUUCGUUUGUUUGUUUCAACCCAAUGAUACUGAUUGGGAGCUCAGAUGGUGAUUUCCCUGAGGUCAACUGACCCGUUAUGGCUGGACACAGAUUUGAACCUGAGAGAUCUCCCACAUUCCUUAUACUGUCUGCUUCUCAUCUGGGAUUGAGAAGAUUUGAGAAUUCCCAAAAGCCUUUGACCUAGAUCCUAUUUCUGAAAAGGCACCAUUGGGUAGAUGGAGAACUGUGAUGAAGAGUGGCCAGAAGGCCAGCACUCCCUAGAGCCUGCGGAUGGUGUUCGGGCCUCCAGUGGAACUGUGGAAGAGUGUGCGGUUCUCUACUCGGAUGCUGAGGACGACCCAUCGCUCCUGACUGACAAUGGGGCAGGCGCCCGGGCCCCCUUCCACUGCUCCGAGUGUGACAAAAGCUUCCGCUACCGCUCGGACCUGCGCCGCCAUUUUGCCCGGCACACUGAGCUGAAGCCAUUCCAGUGUCCUCAUUGUGUCAAGAGCUUCAAGCAUUCCUUUAACUUGGUGAACCACAUCCGGAGCCACACUGGGGAGCGCCCCUACCGCUGCACCAUGUGCCCGAAAGGCUUCCGGGAUUCCACAGGACUCCUCCAUCACCAGGUGGUGCACACCGGCGAGAAGCCCUACUGCUGCCACGUCUGCGAGCUCCGCUUCUCCUCCCGCAGCAGCUUGGGCCGCCACCUCAAGCGGCAGCACCGGGCUUCUCCUGCUGCUGCCGCUCCUCAGACCCCCACCCCCCGCUGCCUGGCCUGCGGCAAAGAGCAGAGCCCUCUGGGGCACCUCUGCAGUGCCGGGCGAGGCCGGGCCGCCCCCUUCGGCUGCGGGGCCUGUGGGCGGCACUUCCAGCUGGCGUCUGAACUGCGCCGCCAUUGGCUGGCCCACACUGACAUCAAGCCCUUUAAAUGCCCGGACUGCGAGAGGGACUUCAAUGCCGCAUCCUUGCUGGAGCGCCACAAACUCACGCAUGCUAAGGACAGGCCCCCACCGUGCCAGAUCUGCACCGAGAAGGUCCAGCAGAGCGAGGGGGUGCCGGAAUUGCAGGGCCUGGGAGAAGAGCAGAAAGGGGGGGAGCAGAAGGAACAGGCCCCGCAACACAGCAGAGGCUGCCCAACCUGCCACCCUCCAGACACUCGUCCCCCCGAGACCCUGUACCAGUGUGAGUGCGGGACCUUUUUCGCCAACGGCAACACCCUGGCAGCUCACUUGACCGCCCACGGCGGUGAGCCCUCCUUCACCUGCGGCAUAUGUGGCCAGCCCUUUGUGAACUUGCAGGCCCUGGAGGAGCACCAGUUGAGCCAUGCUGUGUCCACCUCACCGAUGCCGGGCCCGGGCAGCGAGCUCGAACGCCACCUUUUGCCCCCGCUGGAUCUGCGGACAUUCCCGGCCCGGCCCGGCAAGAAACUCUACAAAUGCAGCGAGUGCGAGAAGUACUUCCGCAGCCCACGGGAUCUGGACCGUCACGUCUUGGUGCACACCGGCGAGAAACCCUACCAGUGCACCGAGUGUGGCAAAUUCUUCCGGCACGAGUGUUACCUGAAACGGCACCGGCUGCUGCACAGCGGCGAGCGCCCUUUCAAGUGCACCUUCUGCCACAAGGGCUUCAUCACCUUGAGCAACCUCUCCCGCCAUCUCAAGCUGCACCGUGGGAUUGACUAGCGGGGCGGGGGGACCCCAGUCUCAUCAGAACAGCCUCCCCCUGCCCCAUCCCAGCACUGCUCUCCUCUACCUCCGCCCCACAGUGGCAGCCAGAGGCGAUCCGGUUUCGGAGAUGUCACUCUGCCUGAUGUUGCGCUUAGAACUUCGCUUGCCCUUGCUCUUCCCUCCUGGUCUGUUACUGUAGGGCAAGGACUCGCAACCGUGAAAUGAACCGAUCAAAAGUAUUACUAUUAUUUACUAAUGUUCCACUACUGUUAAUAGAGUGUAUUGCACAUGCGUGGCAGUUAUAAAGUCUU